AUGCAACACACACAGAAAACUGAAAAAGUUGGUAUGAUAAUUUUACCUUCGAUACUUGGUUCAAAAUCAUCAUCAGUUACUGAAGAUCCUCAAAUACAACGAACUCGAAAAAUUCUUUUAAUUAUACUUGGCGUCUGUUUUGUUUUUUCUGUACUCAGUACAAUAACUGUCAUAUCUGGAACUGCAGUUCCUAAUCGUAUGCAAGAAGCUCAACGUGGUGCACAAAUUGGUCAAUGUAUUACAUCAGUUCUUUUGUACGGACUUGGAUUAUGA